AUGUUUGUGUUUUUGCGGGAUACGAAACUUGACCCUUUCUUCCCGAUUGCUAUUGCUAUCCAGGAAAUGGAGAUGGCCAUACUCUCGGUCUUCGUUUGCAAGGAGGAGGAGCGUCAGGCAUUGGCCCACAUGCAGCAGGUUUACCAGAAGCAGAUGGAUGAAAUGCGACAGGAAGUGCAGAAGCGAGACCAGGAAAUCCUGGCGCUGUCUGCCAAGUCCAAUAAAAAAAACAGAAGAAGUGCAGAAGCGAGACCAGGAAAUCCUGGCGCUGUGACGGUUCAGGUUCCGCAACCUCCUGGUCUUGGUGCUGAAGGUCGUGGUGUAGCCCGAGGAGUUUCUCCCAGAGCCGAGGAUCUUCGAGACCGGCUUGAAGAGAAGAACAAGGUGAUAGAGAAGAAAACGCAAAUCGCAUUACAGGCAACUCAAGAGAAGAACAGGAUCACUACUGAAUUGAACGAGAUGCGGGACCACAUUGAAAUCAAGGACCGCAAAAUCAAUGUCCUCCAACGAAAGAUUGAGAACCUGGAAGAGCUGCUGAAGGAGAAGGACAACCAGGUGGACCUGGCCCGGGCUCGGCUCUCAGCCAUGCAACAAUCGCACACCACGUCCGAGGGCACUUUGUGCACUCUGGAAGAAGCUAUUGGCGACAAGGAGAAGCAAAUUGCGCAGUUGCGGGAACAACGCGACAGAGCCGAGCGAGACAAGGCCGAAGAGCGGGAUUUGCACGAGCGGGAAAUUGCAGAGUACAAGAUGAAGCUGCAGUCGGCCAACAGCGAACUGGAGAAGGUCCAAGUCCGGCUGGAAAGAAGCCUGGCGGAGAAGGCCAAGCUCGAGACCAAAUUGGAGAGUUCUCAGUCUGACCUGGGCAAGGCCCGGGCCGAGCUGGACAAGAUCCAAAACGAGGUCGGCAAGUCAUCCAGCGAUUGGGAAUCGGCGAGAUUCAGGGUCACCAAGCUCGAGAUGGAGAACGAGAAGUUGCGCAGCGAGGUCGACCGACUCCGCAGUCAACAACAAUCUUCUUCACAGCAGCAGCAGCAGCAACAGGACUACGGCAACUACGGCGGCUCGUACUCGUCCCUGUACUCGCGCCGAGAGCGAGAUUCCAGCAUGGACCGAGGCCGGGACCGAGACGUGGUGGCGUCCAGGGACCGUAGCAGGGACCACAGUCGGGACCGAGGCGGCGGCGGUGGCGGCGGCUACUCGGACUACGGCGUCGGCGUCGGCGGCGGCCGAGACUCGGGCUACCUCACGCACUCGGAGCAGUUGGCGACGCUGCAGGACAAGUACGACAAGGCACAGCAGGACCUGCGAAGGGCGCAGGCCGAACUCCGCAUGAACCAAAUGGACAUGGAACGAUCGCAGGCAGACUCCAGUCAGCUCCAGGAGAAGGUCGAGAAGUCCCAAGGGGAAAUAUAUCGACUGAAAGCGCGGCUGGAGAAUGCGCAGUCGGAGAAGGACAACCUGCAAGAGGAGUAUGACCGGAGCCAGGUCGUGGUGUCCAAGGCCAUUGCCGACAAAGACCGGGCCAUGGCGGAACUGGCCAAGUUGAACGAGGAGUUUGAGCGAGCCGAGGCCACUUUGGGCAAGACCCAGAUGCAGCAGGACAAGACCCAGCAACUGCUGGACCAGGCCGAGGCUGAGGUGGAGCAGUUGCAGGAGCGACUGGAGCGACAGGCUGCAGAACUCAGAAGAGCGCAAGCAGACAGAGAAAAGGUCGGAGAUGAAAUGGAAGCCCUGCAAACGCAAGUUGACAAAGCUCAGGGACAAAUCGUGCGAUUGCAAAAGGAACGCGACAGCGCACUCAACGAAAUCGAACGCAUGCGUGAACGUCUGGAAAAGAUGCAGAAUCAGCCCGGGACAGGGGCCGGGAAUUCGCGGUGGAAUCCCUAUUUAAACGUUAAAGUAUAUUUCAUAGCCCUGCAAACGCAAGUUGACAAAGCUCAGGGACAAAUCGUGCGAUUGCAAAAGGAACGCGACAGCGCACUCAACGAAAUCGAACGCAUGCGUGAACGUCUGGAAAAGAUGCAGAGCGACUUGGCUCGAUUCGAAAGCUCGAAAGAGAGCCUGGAAUCCGAAGUGGACAAACUCACUGGGAAACUGGACUCUCUGCAAACCCAUUUGGUGAAGACCCAGCGUGACAAGGAAAGUGGCGCCACGGAGCUGGAAUUGCUCCGCGAGAAGAUGGAGAAGACUCGCAUGGGUCUCCAGAAGGCGUCCGCCGAAAGAGACGCUCUCCAGGCUGACCUCACUAUCUGGAAAGAGAAAGCAGAGAAGUUGCAGAUCCAGGUAGUCAAGCUCACCGACGACCGAGACUCGACCAACGAAGAAUACGAACGUGUCCUAGAAAAGUGUGAUAGGGUGCAAGGAGAGGUGUACCGAUUGCAGAACCGCCUGGACUCGGCUCAGCGCGAAGGCGACACUGCCCAAGUCGCCCUCGAAAAAGAACAAGCCGCCAGCGCGAAACUCAAGGAAGAACUGCGCAAAGUGCGAGAAGAACUCCAAUCCGUCGAGGACCUCUACACCAAGGCCAUGACCCAGCUGGAACGCCAACGAGACUACGACGACCGAAGCAAAAAGGAAGUCGACGACAUCAAACUCGAACUCGAGCUCAUGCGCGAAAAGUACGACAAGGCGCAGAACGACAUUCGUCGCGGACUCGCAGAGAAGGAGAAACUCGAGAGCCAAGUGGAAAAGCUCACGUUCGACGCGAACCGACUUCAAACCCAGUUGGACAAGUCGCAGGCCUCUGGAGGCAAACACCAAGAAGAAAUGGACAAGCUUCAGGGCCAGAUUGAGAAGGUGUACGAAAAGUGCGAUCGGUUGCAAAUCGAGCUCAGACGGGCUCAAAUGGAGCGCGACAAGUUCAUGAGCGAGAAUGAAAUGUUGCAAGCCGAAGUGGACAACGUUCAGUCUCGCGUCGGGAAAUUCCAGGACAGCGAGGAAAGGACCAAAGAAGAAGCAGAACGGAUUCGAACCGAGGUGCAAGUGCACAAGGAGCAGUGCGACAAAUACCGAUCCGAGUCGGAGAGACACAUGUUGGCCAAGAUCAAUUUGGAACAGGAGUUGGAAAGGCUCAAGAAUGAUCUGGAUCGAGCUGAGACCGGCAAGAGUCGCCAGAUGGCGGAGUCGGAGAAAACGAGUCAGGAAUUGCAGCAGAUGCAGGCCGAGAUUAAUAGACUGAGGGACAAGUACGAUUUCAGUCAGCAGGAGGCUACCAAGUACCGGCUAAGUACUGAGAAGCUUGGCGAAGAGCUCAAGAAGGUCAGAGCGGAACUGGAUGUCGCCCAGAACCAGUUCCACAAGCUCACUUCCACUGACACGGAUAAGGCGAUGGAGCUCGAACGCGCCAAGCUGGAAGUGGAAAAAGUCCGCGGCAAGAACGAGAAACUCCUGACUGACCUGACCCGGUCACAGAAGCAGCUCGAAGCCCUGGAAUUCGACAAAGAGCGCCUUCAAAAGGACCUCGCAACCGCCACUGAACAAUUGUCCAACCACUCUGUCAAGGCCGGCGAAGACGCCAAACACACCAAGGCCCAAUUGGAGAACCUCAACGCAUCUCUGCUCAAGACCCGAGAGCAACUCGCAGCUGCAGUCAAGGCCAAGGCAGUGUCUGACAAGCAGUUGGCAGAUGCCAACGAGCGACUCGCCAAGUCCCAGCAGUUCUUGGCAGACGCGGAAAAGUCUUUGACAAGCAUGCAGUCGUAUAGCGACGAGCUGAAGACGCUGCGAGACAGACUCGGUUUGGCCGAGACGGAAAUGAAGACUCUGUUGGCAGAGAGGGACAGAUUGGCUGCUGAAGCCCUGGCAGCGCAAGACAGCUUGUCAGAGUAUAAGAAGAUCGUGGAGGAGACUGCGGAUGAGCACAAUAAGAAAUGGAAGGCUGAGUUUGACAAGCGGAAGCAGCAAAUGGAGAAUGUGGAGAAGGAACUCGCCGAACUGCGCAACGAGUACAUGAGAGUCAAGCAAGAGAACGCCAAGAUGCGGGACUUCAUUGAAAACAAGGACAAACAAAACAAGGACGUCUCGGAAGAAGUGAAACGCCUGGAACCUGAGCUCGCCAAGGUGACCAGUGAAAGGGACCAGCUUGUGGGGCAGCUGAAAAAGUCCCAGGAGAUGCUUUUGAACUUGCAGCAGGACUUGCAGCAGUCGGAAUCAGAGCUGGAGCAGGCUAGAAAGGCCUCUGAGAACCUGAAGCAGGACCAGGGCAGCAAGGGCAAGGAGAUGGAGGAGCUCAAGGCCAACUUGAAGAAGCUGAUUGACCAGAGGGACCAAGAGAUCCAACGCCUCACUGCGGACCUCAAGACCAAGGAGAAGGACUUGGUUUCACUUUCCCAGGCUGCCAAGCAGGAACGCGCCCAGUUCGAGCAGCUGCGCCACGAGGCCGAGGAGCUGAAGCGGUGCCUGCAGGGCGGCGACAUGCAAGCAGCCAAGAUGCAGGAGCUGGCCAUGCAGGAGAAGGCCCGGGCGGACAAGGCCGAGACGCUGGCCGGCAACAUGCAGGUGGAACUGGCCGAGAUGCAGCAGCAGUUUGCCCAGUACGACAAGGAGAUGCAGCAGCUGUUGCAAAAGGACGCCGCGUCGUCGUCCGUGCACCACGAGGAGUUGCACAAGACGCUGCGGGAACUGGACCACGCGAGGGCGGAGAUCCAGAGACAAGCAGUGGAGAAGGACCGACUCGAGGCACAGCUGCACACGCUGGUGGCUGAGCUGGAAAAGCAGCAGCACGCUGCACAAGCUGCGCAGGCUGCCAUGGCCAGUGCAGGUGAUGCAGGCGCAGCCAACGAGCAGUUGUCCCACAUGAACAAGGUGAUGGCGCAGAAGGAGUCAGAAACGAAACGCUUGCAGGAAGAACUCCAACGGCUUCUCGGGCUCAUGACAAUGGCGGAGGAAGAGAAGUUUGCCAAGGACAAACAAAUCUCCAGCCUCCAAGACUUGAAAGCCAGCAGGAGCCUAGGCCCGAGGGGAAAAAGUCCAAGUUUGCCCUGUGAUGCAAACAAGGCUGUUGCCAUCCAAGGGCUAAGCGAUGAUCUAAAACAGUGUUCCCCAACCCAUUGUCCACAGACUGAUGCUGGUUUGUGGUUGGCUGCACAAGCUGCGCAGGCUGCCAUGGCCAGUGCAGGUGAUGCAGGCGCAGCCAACGAGCAGUUGUCCCACAUGAACAAGGUGAUGGCGCAGAAGGAGUCAGAAACGAAACGCUUGCAGGAAGAACUCCAACGGCUUCUCGGGCUCAUGACAAUGGCGGAGGAAGAGAAGUUUGCCAAGGACAAACAAAUCUCCAGCCUCCAAGAUGCGUUGAAGAAGGCGAAAUCCGGAGCUCACUCUGCGGGUGAAUCGCUUCUUCAGCAAGUCCCGAACCCGGGGAAUUUCCUCAAAAGUUUGUUCUAGUCCCGAUUGCAAUGUCAAAUACUUGAUCUGUGGUACUCGUGUCGUGUGUGCAGUCGAUCGGUGAUCCACGUGUCAUUUUUUUGCUACUGAAAUUAUUAUUCUCAUCAGGGGGGCAUUGAUCGAAGUUAUCCGUUUCCACAGAAUUACGCACACGUUGGGGGGGGGGGGGGGAUGAAGAGCAAUACUGAGUAUUAAUACAUAUCUUUGAACGAAAGUUCCGGGGUAUUGCUUGGAAACAUAACGAAGACUGACGGUUUAAUUCAAGAGGAGGAGAAAAGUCUGAAAGAACGCGUGAGAGAAAGAAAGACCUUUUUUUUUCUUUUCCAGAAACUCAAUAUAUUGCAAAUGGGGGGCGAAAAACAGAACAGAAAAGAGGAACCUCAUCGUUUUUCUUUUUUUUGUGACUCUUCAAGCACAUUUCGCGCGUUGACUUUCAGCUCGAUGAAGGCGUUUAUCUUGUUUCCUUUCUGCGUGAAUGACGUUGUUGAAGCGUUUCUUUUUUCGUUGUCUUGUUUGUAUACAUUCCGAUCUCGGAAAAUGUGCCUGAAGAAGCGCACUGCCACAAGGUGAGAAGAUUCGAAAGGUAGGCCUCACGGUUUGAAAAGGAAGUUCGCUGUUCAGUUGAUGAGAGAGACUCGUUCCCCUUUUUCUACGCGAUGACCAAAAGCGGAGAAAGUGUUUUAGAUGUUCACAAGGUGGUGGAAUUGUUAUUGUCUCGAUGCAACGUGAUGCAGGUAACAGAAAAAAAGAAAAGGGAAAGAAUAUUAGAACGUUAUUAUGACGGUGACGUUAACCUAGAAAUUUUUCACGUCGUUGUGAAGCGAGGAGAAUUUCUUUUUCCGUAGUUCGCAAAAAAUUAGGCUUCAUUUGCCGGAAGAAAACACACUCGGGUUGAAGCGGUUUUUUAUACGAUAGCAAUUGAUCACAUCGCAAAAAAAAAGGAUUUUCCAUGAUGGGCAUACGGUUUUUUUCUAGUCUUCUUUUUUUUGGCGCUAAAAAUCUCUAAAGGCUUUUCCGGGUUUGUUUUUUUCUUCAUUCUCGUCACGAUUCGAUUUCUCAUCCACGGUGAUGAAUUUUUUGGACCUAUUUAAAGAAAAAAAACAUUCAUCCCCUGCGAACAGAUUUUGAUCAAAACAUUCGACGGAAAACGUCAUGUUGGUCGUUUCCGACGGAUGAAACAAGAUUUAUUUGGAUUUCCUUUUUUUGAGUUCGGUUGGUUGGAAUGGAAUCACAGGUGCGACAGGAUUUCAUUAGCUUGUUUUGCUAGACGAAAUACCGUUUGUCUUGUCUUCCGCGUUUACUGUUCUUUAUGUGCACUGCAAGAGGGGAAAAAAAAUUCGAAAGAAAAAUGGCAAGACUAUACGGGGACACACUGUUGUUCGACGCUAGCAGUGCUGAGCAAGCUGGAAAUCCGCUCCUGGGUGACUCGUUUUACUGGAGGAAAAAUAUAUGUAACUGUCAGCAAGA